CCAGCGGGGUUUGGUGCCUGCCUGCGGGCAGCCAGGCGCUGGCCUCGGUGAGGAGUGGCCUAGCUUUAUCCACUGAGGUGUCUAGUGGCGAAGGGGGCUGGGGGGAAUAGUGUAAGGGACAGGGGGGAAGUGUUAGCCGGGGACGGAUUGAGGGCAGAGGGAAUUGUUCGCCUGCUUUGUAGAUUGGGAGGGGGUUAUGGUGUGCCUGCGCGAUGUUGUAGCGUGGAGUGAAUCGAUUUUCCGUAUUCUGCUCCUGGCACUGGGCGACCCCGCGUGUGCCCACAGCCUGGGGAGCGAUAGGGAAGGGACCGGGGGUCUCGGUCGAUGGCAAGCUGGACAUGUGUCAGCAGUGCCCUGGCAGCCAGCAGGGCCGAGUUUGUUCUGGGGUGCAUCAGGCAUCGCCAACCAGGCACGGGAGAGGAUUGUCCCGUUCUGCCCUGAGCUGGGAUGGCCUCAGCUCGGAUAUUCUGUGCAGUUCUGGGUGCCACAGGAAAGACAUUAAGCUAUUGGAGAGUGUCCAGAGGAGGGCCGCAAGGAUGGUGAAAGGUCCUAAGGGCAAGUCGUAUGAGGAGUGGCCAAGGGCACUAUGGCACUUUGUCUGUUCAGCCUGAGGGGAGACCUCAUUGCUGUCUACAACUUCCUCGUAAGGGGAAGCAGAGAGGCUGGUACCAAUCUCCUCUCUAGUAUCCAGUGAGAGGACCCAAGGGGAUGGCCUGGAGCCGAGUUCAAGGCGUGUUUGGACAAUGCUCUCAGCACGUGGUGUGAUUCUUGGAGUGUCCUGCAUAGGGGCAGAAGUUGGACUUCACGAUCCUGCCAGGUCCCUUCCAACUCAGUGUAUUCUGUGACUGUAAAUGUUGGGGAUGGAGGGGGUGGAGGCUUCUGGUAGUGCAGCUGCUCAAUAUGUGGGGGUAAUUAUGUGAGUGCAAGUGCUAGUUUGGAUGGCGUUAAUGAUAAUGAUUGGGCUCACAAGAGUGGUGAGCUGCAGUACGGGUGGUAUCUGUAAAGAGUGUCUGGAAAGUUGCUGUAGUUGGGUUGCAGUGUCAGGAAACUGCCUGCUCCUUCUAAAGAUGCAAUGGUAGUGUAGUUACUGCUUUAGACAGUGCUGGUACUGAUAAAGGGGACCCCGUUUAUCGAAGGGGUCAAUCAAAAGUCUCAGAAUUUUGUUGGGAAAAGAGAUAGAUCUUUCCUUCUGCAAAUGUUCUCCUGUGGGUUUAAAAUGUGCAGUCAGUUCUCAGUCCCCUUAAAUAUGUUUCUCUCUCUCCUGUGUGUGUAUUUUCUAAGGUUUGCAAAAUCCUUUAUUGUAGUAUGUGUUUUUUCACCUUGUGCAUCUUGGAGGCUUUCUUGUUCCUCUCUCCUUGGGAAUAAUUUCAUAAAUAUAUCACUGGAGCUUAUCUGGGUCUGUAGUUAAAAAAAAAAAAAAAAGGGCCCUAAGCCUUUGUAAAAUACUUCUGCUCAAAAUUUUCUGUUUUAUAUCCAGUUUUAAGCUGGGAAUUUGAUUAUCUAUUUAAUGAAAGGGACAGAAACAAGAAAACUUUAGGGAGUGCUCUAGUGAUCUUCAGUUUCUGAGGAAAAUCAGUAAAACAAAUGCUCAGGUGGAAAUGGAAUCACUAGCAGUCCAGUUAAUUCUGCACUAAAGAAGUGUGAUGGAUUAUUUUUUACAUUUAACGAGUGUAUCCUGCCCUCGUGCAUUUGGUUUGGAAAUUUCAGAGGAGUCUAGGAGGAACAAAAUACCUAACCCUACCUCAGUGAGAUUUUUUUCUUAAUUCUUAACCUUGUUUGUUUGGGUUUCUUUUAAAUCUCAGGUCUUACAACAGCUUAGCUUUAGGAUUUUUUAAAGUUUCAUGAAAAAAUAUUGUACUGAAUUGGAAACUGCAAAGGUUGUGAAAUAGGAUAGAAAGUUAUUUUGUAUACAGGAAGCUGUUAUUGCCUUGCUUCAGGGUAUGGUGAGUGUGGUGAGAAGGCACAGGAGAGUGUAUAGAUUAUAGUGCAUCUGUCAAUAGUUGGUUUCACUUCAUUCCUUUGACUUUACAGGCUUGCUUAUGGGGCUCUUUACAGGUUGUUGGUUUUUUUCUAUUUACUUGUACUCAUUUUAACAGAAAAAGUAUCCAGCCUGCUGUAUUUAGUCACAGAACAAGUUUUUAUCAAUUUCAUCUAUUAUUGUAAAAUUCAUAUUUUAAUAUGAAAACAGGUUCUAUAUAAUGUUUCUAUUAAUUCAGUAAUAGAACAUUCUACAUUAUAUAAAAUAUUUUGGUUUGGGAAUUUGAUUAUGUGACUGCUAAAAGUGAGGAAUCUUCAUAAGUGCCCUUUCUUGUGACUUUUUAAAAUUUUGCAAAAUAUAUGCUACCAGUUCCAUUGCAGAACUCUUCGUUGCCAGUUGAAUUCUGAGGUUGGUAGUUGGUGGUUGGUGACAGCAUGCCCAGAGAAUACUGCUGACAUGCAUAUGCUUUCAGAAGGUGCUUUUGUUCCAGCUCUGACAAUGAAAAUUGGUAUCAGAGUUGUGGUGAAAGGGAGAUAGUCACAGUGCUAGGAGAAGAGGAGAAGGAGAGAGGCAUGUGUUCAAGUGGACUUGAUAAAACAAGGCUGAUAAAGAAACAAAUAACUGGAAAAGGAACAACUGCUGGUUUGAUUUGCAAGAAUGUAAAAGACAACCUGCAGCAAGGGAUGCAAUCAGUAACUGGUGAUAGAGACCUCUGUAUCUACUCAGCACAAGUAUAAAAAAAAAUAAAAAUGGAAGAGAGUAAGAAAAAGAAGAAACCAGAAGAGCAAGUUCAAGAGCCUGAACCAGAUUUACCAGAAGCUUUACUAGAAUAUCACAUUGCAGCAAAAGAAGCAGCAAUUGAACGGGUUUUGUUUAAUCUGAAAAGAUUGGAAGAAAAGAUCAAAGAAAAUCUUAAAAAAAAUGCUGUUUUGAAGGAAGAACAGAAGGUGCUUAUCAGGCGCAUAGUAAGGCAAAUAGAAGAAAAGGAGAAAAAACGAGAUGAGACGAAGCUUGUAACCAGGGAUGAAGUGGAAGAGGCACUGAAAGCAGUUUUUCAGCUUGUGAAGGACAAAGAACAACUUCUUCAAGAUCUGCACUCCCAAAUUGAAGAAACUAAGAAAAAAAUUUCAGAAAAGCAGCAUGAGAGAGAUUAUUGGUUGGACUACAAAGAUGUUGGAAGUAAAAUACAUGCUGAGAGGAUUAGCAGUCUGGAAAAAGACAUUGCGGAAGUCAAAUAUGAACUUGAAAGAAGUGAAGAAUAUUAUAGAGAAGCUUUGAAGGUUGUGAGAGAAGAAAAUCAGAAACUGUUUGAUAGGCACAUGCAGUUGCUCAGUGAAGCGGCUCUUAAGAAUGCUGUGGGAUACUUAGACAAAAACUGUCGCAGAGAGAUCGAAGAGAAUGAGUGGCUAAAAGAAGAGGUUAAGAUCUACCGAAAGGAAGAAAGUGAUUUGAAAGCUUCUGUCCAGCUCCUGGAAGAAGAAAAUACCAGUUUAGUCACAAAACUGAUUGAUAUAAAACUUCAGCAUCUAGGAGUAUCAGGGCAUUUGCUUCUUACAAAGGGAGCUGGCUUGCAUGAAGAACUUCCUAAGGAUGAAAUGAAAAGGGAAGACAGAGAAUAUGCAGCAAAGACAGAUGGAAAGAGCCUCAGAAGUGCCUUUGCAAAGACUCAGUCUAAAACAGAUUAUGAGAAGCCUCAAGACAGUGAUGAAAAGCUGUGGAAAAAAUUUUCCAUUCCAGCCCUGGACAGCUUGGAUGAAGAAGAGGAAGAGUUCCAGGCAUACUCAAAACUGGGACCUCUGAAGAGAAAGCUGUAUGUGAUUGGAAAAGCUGUGCCUACUUGUGAGGAACCAGAAGAAAUGCCAAGCGGGAGCCACAGAGAAGAGGACACUGUUGGUAAAUCAGAUGGGCAUAUCACAGCUGAGAUGAUCAAGGCCUUAUUUAAGGAAAAUGUUGAUGAAAACUAGACAGCUGUGCUGUUUACACAGAAAUGUAACAUUCUCCAUUCAUUAAAUAUUUGCUCUCUUCUAUGUGGCAUGGGGCUUUGAGGAAACUAUUUUAGAGUGCCUGAAUCAUGAUUAUAAGUUUCAUGAGAGGUAUGUCUGUGUGAAGAGGCUAAUUGAAAGGUUCCUUUCCUUACCAUUGAGAGAGGUCUUGUGCACUUCUUGGGGUAUCCAGUCUAUGUAGCAGCCCAUAUAUCUACUAAAAGGUCCGAGCUAAUAUUUAGUUUGUGUGGUCUCCAUUGCAGAUGUAGAAUUCCCUCUCGAUCAGACAGUGAGUGGGUCUGCCCAUAUGGAGGCUACCAUAAAACACAGAACUGUUACAAAAUACUUAAUGCUCUGCUAAAGCAGAAUUAAUUUAUGCAAGCAUAGUUCAACUAUUGCUAUAAACUAUUUGAAUGCUUUCUUAUCUGUCUCCGCAAGACCCCCACUUAAAUACAUUUAAAUAAAAAUUAUUUGAAAAUAAAUUAAAACUAGCAUAGAAGUCUCCAAGGUCUUAAAUAUUUUGUUUGUUUAGAAUUGGCCAAAUAUAUUGUGUAGGCCCAUAUCCUUGGUUUGUGGCUGGUCUCUUUGAACAUAUCUCUUAGUGCAAUGAUGCAGUGGGAGGGUUCCCUCUGGACACCCGCUCAGCACCACACAACAGGUCCUUCCCACAUGUAGGCUCUGACCUGUGCAUUUCCUCUUUAGAAACUUGUGACAGCGUUGAAUAACCUGAUUUAAACCCCUGACAGGAUAAUCAGCUGUUUAGAAUAAAGCUUUUUUGAAAACUUAA